CGUUCGGUGCGGAUCGCAGUUCCAUUCGAAUCGCCGGUGUUUUGUGCGGCAAAUAAAAAAGAAAGUGAAACCAUGUCUGAGGGUGAUAUUGAGCUGGAAUCUCCUAGUGCACUGGCUCCCAAGUGCGCCAAUGUGAACAACAACAACAGUGCCCGCUCCAGUCGGGUUGGCAGCGCCUCCUCCGGAGCGGACUCCGUUGCGGACUCCCAGCGGUUCGGCUGGUGCGGAUGGAAUCCGCCGUGGCUCCAGCGCUUCUGCACCGCCAAGUGGGCGCUCUUCUGGCUCUGCUGGGGCGGAGCUCUCCAAGGUCUAAUAGUGAACGGUCUGAUCAACGUGUCCAUCUCGACAAUCGAGCGGCGCUUCGGGCUGCGCUCGCGGCAGAUGGGUUUGGUGGCCAGCGGCUACGACCUGGCCUCCUUCGCCUGCCUGGUGCCGGUCACCUACUACGGCGGACGACGAGGGGCCUCCAAGCCGCGCUUCAUCGCCGUCGGGCUGAUCGUGAUGGGAUUGGGAUCGCUGGUCUUCCUGCUGCCGAACUUCCUGGUGGGCCACUACCGAGCCACCAUCGCCGAGGGGAAUGUGUGCGAUUCCGCCGGAUCACAAUCCAACUCCAGCCAGUCAAUGACCGCCUGCGAAGCGGGAGCUUCGGGAGAAGGGGGGGAGAGCCUGACCUGGACGGUCUGGCUGUUCCUGGGCGCCCAACUGCUCCACGGAGCCGGAGCCUCGCCCCUCUUCACGCUGGGCGUCACCUACAUCGAUGAGAACGUCUCAAAGAAGAUGUCGUCUGUUUACUUGGGCAUCUACUACACCAUGGCCACCGUUGGACCCGCGAUUGGCUACGUUCUUGGUGGACAACUGCUGCUCAUCUACACGGACUGGAUGAGCGUGGACCCGGUCCAACUCAGCCUGACGAGCGACAGCAAGGUGUGGAUUGGAGCCUGGUGGCUGGGCUUCAUCUUCGCGGCUGGCAUGUGCCUCCUGAUAGCGCUGCCCAUCUUCGGCUACCCAAGGGUGCUUCCCGGGGCGGAGAAGCUGCAGCUGGAGAGGGUUUCCGAGGCGCAUGCCACCGGAGCGGAGGCGACGGAGUCCGGAGAAGUGGCCAAGGGACUGGCGGAGCUGCCCCGCGCGGUGCUCAGUCUGCUGGGAAACCCCACCUUCUUCUUCCUCAAUUUGGCCGGGGCUACCGAGGGCCUGGUGAUAGCCGGGUUCGCCGCCUUCCUGCCCAAGCAGAUCGAGAACCAGUUCAGCAUCUCGCCGAUGUACUCCGCCUUGGUGAUGGGUCUGAUCACGGUUCCCGCGGGCGGAGGCGGCACCUUCCUCGGCGGCUACUUGGUGAAGAAGUGGAACCUCGCCUGCAGCGGCAUCAUCAAGAUGUGCCUGAUGGCCACCGUGGUGGCGGCCCUCUUCACCACCUGUUUCCUGGUCUCGUGUCCGAACCCGAAGUUCGCUGGCGUCACCACGGGAUACAACUUGGCCACCCGGACCGAAUUACCAGCCUUGGAGGCGGCAUGCAACUCCAACUGCGGCUGCAGCCGCACGAACUACGAUCCCAUCUGCGGCAUCGACGGCGUCAUGUACUUCAGUCCCUGCCUCGCAGGAUGCGUCCAGGAGGAGCACGUGGACAGCCUAAAGCGCUACCACAACUGCAGCUGCAUCACGGGCGUGGGCUUGGUGGACGAGGCAGUUCCCUCCCCGGAUGCCACCAACCUCAAGUGCGACUCCACCUGCCGCACCCUGCCGCUCUUCGUGGCCCUCUGCUUCGUCCUGAUGGUCUUCACCUUCCUCGCCACAAUGCCGGCCUUGUCGGCGACUCUGAGAUGUGUUCAGGAUGAGCAGCGAUCCUUUGCUCUGGGCCUGCAGUGGAUAAAGGUUCGACUGCUGGGCACCAUUCCUGCUCCACUGAUCUUUGGAGCCCUGAUCGACGAGUCGUGCAUUUUGUGGCAGGAGUCCUGCGACAAUGAUGCAGGAGGAGCUUGCCUCGUCUACGACAAUUUCUAUAUCAGCAGAUACAUGUGGCUAUUGGCGUUGAUCUGCAAACUGGGCUCAGUCAUCUUCUUUUCCUGCGCCUGGUGGUUUUAUGUGCCACCCAUCAAGACAUCGAAAUCAAGUGGCAAGGAAGACGUGAAUUGAGGGGGUUUUUCAACCAUCGAACUGAAAUUUAAACUAACGACCCAGCCAGUGGCUCAUAUUGUGGCUCCUCAUUAAUUGGCUAGCAUUUAUAAUCGACUUAGGAAGUACUUUUAAAUUUAUCUCUAGGAUUCUUAAUUUUAAGCCGCUUAUGCUAAUUAGACUUAUUAUUAGCUUAUUACAACAUAAUUUAGAAGCAACUAUUAAAACUAUUUGUGUAGCUUUUAAAA